GAUUAACAAACAGCGGGCCUCAUGUACAGUCAGAUCAAAAAGUAAAAGAAAAAUCAUGUUGUUUUCGUUAGGUUGGCACUGGCGGGCGCACUGCACUGCCGCGUAGAGGGGCGCUGCCGGCGGUACCAACCUAUUGUUAUUGGUAAACAAUCAGCAGGCGCCGCUCGCGCGGCCCUCGCGCAGAAACGGAAGAAACAUCAAAAACAUUCGGAACACCCCAAGUUUUUUUUUUGUCGAAAAUUUAAGAACGUGAAAUUUUUUAAGAUCAACAACAGUAGUUCACCAUGUCGACCAUCAUGCGCGAGUGGCAGCUGGAGCAGGACAGGAGGCUCAUGAAGUUUAACACGUACGAGGACUACCUGGACUCGCUCGUCGCGGACCAGGACGUGUUCUACCUGCGCGGCGCCGAGCCCAGGAUCCUGGCCGAGCUGGGCUACAGGAGCACUGGCGACACCCUGACCCGCGGCCAGUUUCACAAGCGGCUGCGGGCAGUGACCACGUCGCUGUACCCGGCGCGCAACCAGUACCUCGAGGACAACACGGGCAUCGUCAUCGCGGACCCCGUGCUGCGGGAGCUGGCGCGGAGAGAGCGUGCCAACCGCGUGGGGCUGCUGGCGACCAUCAUCCACCUGCAGAUGACGACGCCGCAGGGUUACGAGGUCUCCGGCUACGUGGACUUUGCCGACCGCCUGUCCCGCGAGGACUGGGUGCCGUACUUCCAGGGCCGUCGCGUCCUGGAGCCCAACAGGUCCGACCUCGCCUUCUACCACUGGCGCAUCGACCAGGGCCGCUGCAAGUCCUCGCCCAACUUCAAGGUGCGUCGAAAAAUUUCAGUGUGAUCGCAAGGACACCAGCGUCAAUGAUUUUUUAACAGAUUUUUUAGAAGGUUUCUAU